AAGAAACAGCAGUCGGCCAUCUUCGUGAGGUCAACCGCUACAAUGCUAAGAUGCCGAGACACUGCUCAGCAGGAGGCUGCAAGUCUCGAGACAACCGGGAGACUCGAAACGCCGGCAUCACCUUCCACAAGUUACCUAAAGGCGCCACCCGGAGGAACCUCUGGAUCAGCAACUCGCACCGCACCGACGCCUGGGACCCUCAGACCGACUUCGUGUACUUCUGCUCCAAACACUUCACGCCUCAGAGCUUCGAGCUGACCGGCUGCAGUGGGAUCCGGAGGCUGAGGGAAGACGCCUUUCCUUCGGUGUUCGAACUCUCCUCUGGACAGAAAGUGAGGAGAGCUGCCGGCCUGAAGACACACGAGGACUCAUCUGGCAGGAGGAAGAGUUCCUGCUCAGCACAGUCAGAGACGAGGCAGGACGCCGCCGCAGAAGAGGACUUAGCUCAGAGGACAGACCCGGCUCAGAGGACAGACCCGGCUCGGAGGACAGACCCGGCUCAGAGGACAGACCCGGCUCAGAGGACAGACCCGGCUCCGAGGACAGACCCGGCUCGGAGGACAGACCCGGCUCGGAGGACAGACCCGGCUCAGAGGACAGACCCGGCUCGGAGGACAGACCCGGCUCGGAGGACAGACCCGGCUCAGAGGACAGACCCGGCUCGGAGGACAGCCCCAGCAGCUGAGACCUCCAUCUUCCAUUCUGAGGACGCUCCAGAGGUGGAGCCGGCCCCGUCCACCCCGGAGCCUCGUCCCCUGUCCCCGUCGCGCUACAUGAGACGUCUGCCCCCCCCGGUGGGCUUCUACCUGUCCCGGGAGCACAGCUACGCCCAGCCGGGCCCCCUGCUGUGGAGGAGACGCUACGACCAGGUGGUGGACUGCCUGGAGACGGCCCUGAGACAGCUCCGGGCCGCCCGGCGGCGCGAGGCCCGGCUGAGGGCUGCCGUGCUCCGGCUCCGGGACCGACGCACCCGGACCCCGCGGGACCCCGACCCCCGGGAGACACUGGACUGUCAGUGGCCCGAGGAGGACAGGGGCUCCUGUCCUCACUGUGGACGGGGACAGACGGACGGCGGGACGGAGCCUCCGGCUGAGGCUGAAGACCAGCUGCAACACGGAGACUCCGGACUCACAUCCUGGUCCUCAGGCGAGGGACCGCAGUCCUGGUCCUCAGCCGAGGGACCCCGGUCCUGGUCCUCAGCCGAGGGACCCCGGUCCUGGUCCUCAGCCGAGGGACCCCGGUCCUGGUCCUCAGCCGAGGGACCCCGGUCCUGGUCCUCAGCCGAGGGACCGGUGACGGUCAGGGAGCUCCACCUGGACUCGGGUGUGCAGGAGGAGGCCGGAGCUCCCGGUCUGGACCGUCCCCUGCAGCAGCAGGUGCUGCUGAUGGAGGACGGCUCGGAGGGACAGCUGGUCCUGGUCCCCGUCCACAGCCCGGACGGCCUGCAGGACCUCCAGACCAUCCUGGUGUCGGAGCUGGACCUUCAGGGGGACGGAGGACACCCGGCGGAGGACGGACAGGAGCCGUGUGACGAGGACAGUCUCACCACGGACCCGUCAGGACCGGCGAGGGAGGACGUGAGGGACAGACUGAAGGAACAUCUGGAGGGCUUCCAGCUGCAGCUCAGCACCCAGUUCACACACUGAACACACACACACACACACACACACACACACACACUCUUACAUGUCCAUAUUAUAAAUGGGAUCGUCUCUCCCCAGGUUUCUGAGACGUCUUCACAUCUUGGUGUCCUUGUCCUUUCAUGGACCAGUUUUCCUGAAUGAAGCGAGUCUGAAGACGCGUUGUGUGUUUUCCUUGGAGACGUGUCCAGGCCGCCCUGCUGCUGCCACACCCAGCCAAUAAAGUAAUUCACAGUUUGAUGUCCUCCUGUGUUUGUGGACUCUGGCUGGUUUCGUUUGGGACGCGUCCGGCGGGAUUCGGCAGCAGAGCCGAGGACGCUCCGGUCCGAACUCCAGACGUUUCUCUGUGGAUUUCCGGGUCGUCUUCGCGAUCAGCCGCUGCGUCGGCAGCAGGCGCCGCCUGCACGUUGACACAGACACCGGAGGCGGCCAUCUUGGAGGGGUGGACCUCGCUUACACAGCACAUUGAGGAAUGACAGGUUUCACUACAGUAGUGAUCAUAAAUCCAUCAGUUUUCAACUAAUAUUCCAGUUUAUUAUACAUAUAAAACAUGGAGGACACACAGACAUAGACAGAAUGAAAUGAACUCUUAAACUUUCAGGAUGAUUGAAGUUUUUAUUGAGAGAAUUGGUUUAAGGAUGGUAUAUUGUAGCUACUUGAUUGGUACUGAUAUGAUUGUGUGAUUCUGAUCUUUAUAUUGCAUUGUUAAAUCUAUGUUUAUCCCCAUUAUAAUUAAUAUUGCUUUAUAUUUUAAUUUUGUCAUCACUUAUUAUUGCUGUGGUCAUUUAUUAUUAUAUUCCAUUCUAUUCUAUUAAUUUUGAUUCAUACUGAGUUUCAACAUGAUAAA